AUGAUCCUCGGCGGCAAGCGCGUCGUCAUGUUCAUGGACUACAUGGCCGACCAGCAAAAGUUCCCCUGGCUGCUCGACGAAUUCUCCCAGAUGUGGGAGAGCCCCUUCGACCCCAUGGACCGCUCCUUCCCCUGCACCGUCCAGCGCCCGCCCGACCUGCCGGACGAGGCCGCCCGCGACCGCCUCUACCUCCUGAACCACAACCUCAACGCCGAGUACAGCAUCUUUGGCGCCUCCAUCCUCGUCCCCGCCGUCUCCCUGCUCAACGUCACCAACAACGCCACCGGCUACGGCUCCCUCGGCGUCGGCGCCCAGCAGUGCACCGCCGACUGGGGCCGCCCGCCCAAGAUCCUCAACGUCGACUACUACAACUACGGCGGCUUCCCCGGGUCCGUCUUCGAGGUCCAGGCCAAGAUGAACAACGUCACAUACACGCGCGACUGCUGCGGCAAGGUCACCGGCGCGUCGCCGGGACGGCCGGCCGUGUCGUCGGCCGUGAUCCUGGGCAUGGCGCUCGCCUGCGCGCUGUUGCUGGCCUGA